UCUGGAAAAUGAAGGGCAUCAUCACACUGACAUGCCAAACACAUGGGCAGUCCAGACAGAGAUAGGGUUGCAUCUUUCGCACUAAAGAAAGGCUCAUCUUGAGCCACAAUGUAUCUAGAGUCAGGUGAUCGUGGCCCGACAUGGUCCGGCACAAAUUGAUAUUGCACCUCAAAGUAGCCGCUGGUGUUAGUAUCUUUGGCGAGAGAUUUUUAGGUAUGUGCCCAUCUAACUGCAGGUAGUUGAUAAGUGAUAGGUAUGUGCCCAUUGAUGAUCUACCGCACAGAUCUCAAAGCGCUCCAAGGUUCGACAAUGUACAUAGAUCUCAAAAUGACACGUGGAUGAAUCCUUCUUGCACGGUGAUACAUCCCUGGUUCCGUGCCGUGGGGAUCCGGGAUCAUAUACAUAAAUAGUUGGAACGUUAUGCUGAAGCUUUUAUUUCGAGCAGGGUUCGGCUACUAUUUCUCCGGCGAACUUGGCCCCUUUCCGGCUCAAACGAAAGGAUGCAAGGAAACAUCGUUGUGUUCCCGUUCUUGGCCCAGGGCCACAUGAACCCCUGCCUCGACCUCACCCGCCUCCUCGCCGCCCGCUACCCCGAACUCACCCUCACCAUCGUCACCACCACCGGCAACCUCCCCCACCUCCGCCGCCUCUUCCCCUCCAAUCGCCUCGCCGACCUGCCCUUCGACCCUGCGGACCACGGCCUCCCCUCCGACGCCGACACCUCCUUCGCCCUCCCCGCCCACCUUAUCGUCCCAUUCCACCGCGCCACCCUAUCCCUCGAGCCCUCCUUCCGCCGCCUCCUCUCCGACAUCUCCACCGCAUCCGACGAACCACCUCUUCUCUGCCUCAUCGCCGACAUGUUCUUAGGCUGGACCGUCCCCAUCGCCCGCUCCCUCGGCGUCUUCCACGCCGUCCUCCACACCUCCGGCCCCUUCGCCAUGUCCAUCUAUAACCAUUUUUGGAGCCACGUUCCCCACGCUCUCUCCGACGCCGACGAGUUCGCCGUCCCGGGCCUCCCCGGCGUCACCAUCCGCCGCUCCCAGCUCUCCCGCAACAUGCUCUCCGCCACCUCCCCCGACGACCCCAACUCCGUCUUCGUUCGCGAGCAGGCCGACCACUGCCGCCGCUCCGACGCCACCCUCUGGAACACCGCUGACGCUCUCGAGAAGCCCUUCCUCCAAGCGUGGGCCAAAUGCACCGGCCUCCCCGUCUUCGCUGUGGGCCCCCUCUUCGCCGCCAUCCCCAAGCCUCCCUCCGGCCGCGGCAUCAAGGACGAAGGUGCCGCCGGUGCGGCGGCCGGUUGCCUGGCGUGGCUGGACCGACACCAGCCGGGAUCGGUGGUGUACGUGUCGUUCGGGUCGCAGAACCGGCUGCCGGCCGCGGAGGCGGCGGCUCUGGUGGCGGCGCUGGAGGGGCAGCGACGGCCGUUCCUCUGGGCGGCGCCGGCAGCGGACCAGGCGCCGGAGACUUUCACCGGGGAGGGGGUGGGGCUGGUGGUGAGGGGGUGGGUCCCGCAAGUUGAGAUCCUGGGGCACACGGCGACGGGGGCGUUCGUGAGCCACUGCGGCUGGAACUCGUCGCUGGAGAGCCUGCGGCACGGGGUGCCGGUGGUGGGGUGGCCACUUGUCGGGGAGCAGCCGUGCAACGCGAAGCUGAUGGCGGAGGAGCUCGGGGUGUGCGUGGUGGUGGGGACCGCAGCGGAGGCGGCGGCGGCGGUAGCGGAAGUGAUGGGGGAGGGAGAUAGGGGAAGGGAGGUACUUCGGAAGGCGAGGGCAGUCGCGGCGGAGAUGGAGGCGGCGGUGUCGGAGUCCAGAGAGGCGAAGGGAUCGUCGCUCAGGGCGUUGGAUGAGUUCGUCGAGAUGAUAAUCAGACGGACGGCGGCAAGUCCGCCCAAGCUAGGGGGUACACCAAAUUAACGGUCAGCGAUGUGAUUGCUAGGUGCUUUGUGCAGCGUGUCCGGCAAGCCGACAGGUGGGGCCGGAUGUUCCCCAUCGUCUUUCUGUACUUCUUUGAAAAAAACGUGACCGGGCUGAUCCCGAUCGCUAAUUCGCUAUCGCUACACAUUUAAUGCAAAGUUUCUCGUAA